AAGCUCUAGAGUGGUCGUACAAGACCUCAGGUCAACGGCAUUAUCGGUUCCCAAAAGGAAAAGUCUUGAUGCUAUCUAUGCCCAACUUUCUACCAGCUACUCGAUGUUCCACGUGUACCAAACGCGUGAGCGAGCCAAUGCGUUUGAAGUUUCUCUUGGACUGGACUGUGCUCCGAUCCGUGACUUCCUGUGUAUAACAAGACUUGGAGCCUUGUGCGCACUACAUCUGAGACCAGCUUCGUCGACAAGGGCGCACCAUGCCGGCAGGAGGGUUGUCGGUGUCGGCGCCGCCCGGCAUGGAGUUCGAGGCCAAGAUCACGCCUAUUGUAGUCACCUCCUGCGUCAUGGCGGCCACCGGUGGGCUCAUGUUCGGUUACGACAUCGGCGUAUCAGGCGGGGUGUCGUCAAUGGAGGAUUUCCUGCGUGAGUUCUUCCCGACGGUGCUGCGAAACAAGCACGACAAAGAGGGGAGCAACUACUGCAAAUUCAACGACCAGGGCCUGCAGCUCUUCACAUCGUCCCUCUACCUCGCCGGCCUCACCUCCACCUUCUUCGCCUCCUACACCACCCGCCAACUCGGCCGCCGCGUAACCAUGCUCAUAGCUGGCGCCUUCUUCAUCAUCGGUGUCAUUUUCAACGCUGCUGCCCACAACCUCGGCAUGCUCAUCAUCGGAAGGAUCCUGCUUGGCUGCGGCGUUGGCUUUGCCAACCAGGCCGUUCCUCUGUUCUUGUCGGAGAUCGCGCCGCCUAGAAUCCGCGGGGGGCUCAACGCCCUGUUCCAGCUAAACAUCACAGUCGGCAUUCUCUUCGCCAACAUUGUCAACUUUGGAACUAGCAAGAUCCACCCAUGGGGAUGGCGGCUUUCCCUGUCCCUCGCCGGCCUUCCGGCCUUGCUGCUCACAGCAAGCGCGCUCUUCAUGGUGGACACGCCCAACAGCCUCAUCGAGCGCGGCAUGCCGGAGCUGGGCAAAGCUGUGCUGAAGAAGAUCCGCGGCACCGACAACGUGGACCCGGAGUUCAACGAGAUCGUGGAGGCCAGCCGCGUCGCCCGCAACGUCAAGCACCCCUUCCGCAGCCUCCUGCAGCGCCGCAACCGUCCCCUGCUCGCCAUCACCGUCCUCCUCCAGAUGUUCCAGCAGAUGACGGGCAUAAACGCCAUCAUGUUCUACGCCCCGGUGCUGUUCACCACGCUGGGAUUCAAGGCCGACGCGGCGCUCUACUCCGCGGUGAUCACGGGGGCCGUGAACGCGCUGUCCACGCUCGUGUCCGUGUACACGGUAGACCGGGUGGGGCGGCGGAUGCUGCUGCUGGACGCCGGCGUGCAAAUGUUCCUGUCGCUCGUGGCCAUGGCCGUCGUGAUGAGGAUCAAGGUGACCGACAACUCGGACAACCUCGACCGCGACUGGGCCAUCAUGGUCGUCGUCAUAAUCUGCAACUUCGUCUCCUCCUUCGCCUGGUCGUGGGGCCCGCUCGGGUGGCUCAUCCCGAGCGAGACCUUCCCGCUCGAGACGCGCUCCGCGGGGCAGAGCAUCAGCGUCUGCGCGAACCUGCUAUUCACCUUCGUCUUUGCGCAGGCCUUCCUCUCCAUGCUCUGCCACCUCAAGUAUUUCAUAUUUCUGUUUUCCGCCGUCUCUGUCGUCGUAAUGUCGCUCUUCGUCCUGCUCUUCCUCCCCGAAACGAAAAACGUACCUAUCGAGGAGAUGGCUGAUACAGUGUGGAAACGUCACUGGUUCUGGAAGCGAUUUAUGAAUGACGAGGGCAACAGCCACAGAGUCGGCGAAGCCAACAACAUCUACAGUGCCGCUAUUUAGCUCGUAUUGUUGAGUAACAUAUUGUAUAGGUAUAGGUUCGCGUGUUUUCUCAGGAUUGUACCUGUAAUUGUACAUGUGUCCGCCUAUAUAUACAUGAGCAGCCAGUCCUA